GUACUCUUCCUGAUGUCCCAUUGAGAGUAAGCUGUGUCUUUUGACAGCCUGGUCACCCUACAGCGGGGUACUACAGUCCGCCUUAGGCUUCCCAGGAUAGUUAAUCAACACCGAACACUGGCUCAAGCAGUGAAAAACAUAUCGUGGAGCAAAGGAAAAUGGACAACGUGAAGGACAAUGACAACGUGCCGACAAAACAGAGCAGGUUACUUUUUGUAUGAAACAAAGUCUCAGCUUUCAAAUUUUGUCAUUUUUUAAAAGAAAUUCAAACACUAAAUUCAUUUUGUGGCUCUUUAAUGUGUCGUGACAGAUCGCAGUAGUGCCUCAGUUCAAGCGGCAUGUGAACGGAAGGUAACUUGUUUCAACCGCGGAAAGACGUCAAUACACCAUUUUUCAAGUUCAAGUCCACCGAUGUUAUGCUGCCUUCACGUGCUAUCAGAAAUUUCCUAUCUCCCACUUAUGAAGUCGUGAUUACGAGCUUGUCGUAUUCAAGUGCUUUAAUGUCGGAAAGAAUAAAAUGUAGCAUCCCAUUGGUUGACAAUCAUAUAAACAUUCACCGCACUAUACAUGCAGUUUGUUGACAAUUCUGGAAUUUCGGUCAAAUACAUGCUUAUUUCACUGCUUAUAAAACAUUAUAUGCUUCGCAUGAUCGUUCAUAUGUAACCUAUAAAUGCACUACUUUAGCGACAAGACAAAGGGAUGUAGUUGUUGUGAGAACAGCAUUAACAGCAGCAAUGGUUGUUCCCUCCACCAUGUUUAAAGUUUAUGACCCGCCCAACUCGGAAACUCUGGUAUCAAAAUUAUUUCCGAAUUUCCCAGUAGUAAAUAAUUCUUGAGAGGCCGUUCACGUCCAAUUUCCGACUAGGAAACUCAUAAUUACGAUAAUUACGAUAGCACGUGAAGGCAGCAUUAAUCUCGUUAAUACUCUCCUGUCUGGUUUGUUUGUCAGACAAAAUGGCAGAUUCAGCGUUAUGAUCAGUCAGAUCACCUGUCAAUCAAAAUCCUGGCGAAGGGUGAAUCGACUUGCUUUCAUGUCAUUCCAGACCUGUGACUCUUAAUUAAAACACAUAAACAAACACACACACACACACACAAACUGAUUUAAUGUUCUGAAUCAACAAAUAGACAGCAUCUGUGUUAUUAUGCCAACAAAAUGUCGUUACAGCAACAGGUCCCAAAUGUCUCCGUAAAUAGGGGAAAAAAUGUUCUGGUUUGUUCAAGGGCGAGUAAAAACAUAAACAAUGUAACUUCAGCAUGUUUUUACACAAAACAACGUCAGGAUUCUGCCUUUGCAUAACCUCUGAACUGGAAUUAUUAUGGAACAGGUGAGUUUGUGAUGACAAGUAUAUGGACAGGUGAAUCAGAAAGAUGAGUCACAGACAUAUAUCAUAAUAGUUUCCCGGCACCACAAGCCCUUCUUUCAAAGAGACUGUUUUCAUUGUUCCCAUGACAACUUAAAAAAAAAAAGACAUGAUGAAAAUUCAUUGGGCUCCUAUUGAGCAUGGCUGUUUCUAUAGCAACAGCAAGAGAGAGACAGGAUGAGUAAGCAGCAGGAGCUACGAGUGUGUGAGAAUGAGCGUGUGUGUAAGAAAGAUAGAAGACAGAGUAUUUAUUGUAUUGAUUUGGAAAGAUAUCUGAUUUCCUUUUGUGACAUCUCAAUAGUACCUACCUGUUCUUCCUCUAAAUCCCACUUCUCAUCCCAUACACACAUUUUCACACAAUUGUGCCCCCCUUUCAUUGGGCAUACAACUCUCCUUGCCUCCCACUAUUUCUGUCUGUGUGUCUUUGCACCUCCUACCCCCUCCACGGUGGAUUUCCUUUCAGAGAGGGAGCAUGUGGUGUGUAAUCAGAUGACAACGACUGAUAAUCCAGCAAAACACCCACUCUGUCCUGUUCACUUAGAGAGGAGCGAGAGAGCAGGAGUGGAGGAGAGGAAAGAAGUAAAGGAGGCGGGAUCUGUCUGGGCAGAGGGGAAGGAGACAAGAGGAGGAAGUGGGAGAUUAUUCACAAUGGAGGAAGGACAAAGACCUACAUCUGAGAUCUACCUCCCAAGCAUCAGUCUUGGAUCUCAGGAUGCUGAAACAGUGGAGAACCAUGAGUUGCCAAUCAUUUCUUUAUCCAAAAGCUCGACAGAAAUGGUGAGUGGACCUCCUCAACGAACGGAACUGGCAUGGUACCGUCAGAACUUGCGUAAGAGCAUCAGCAGUGCAGCAUGUACUCAAAGGCCUAUCAGUCUGGGUGGACCAUCGACAGGAUUUCCUGUGAACAUUUGUGAUCAUGAACAGGGGAGCAUGUGCAGUGGCAACAGCACCCCUGAGACUGUAAUCUGGCAUGGAGGACCUGCAAGAUCCUGGAGCGUCAUGGAGGACUUGCCCAGAAGGACUCCAACUCAAGAUCCACUCCUGGGGCAAAAUCAGGUCCAUAGUGGUGUGAAGUGUGUGCCACACUCACCAUCCACAAAUAGGGAUUUAAGGAUGAAGAGUCUGAUGUGCAGGGAGGGAUGUUGUCCAUGUUGCGGGCCUGCAGAGAACCUGACAGGGUGCAGCUGUUGCAGAGUGCCUUGUAGAAUGAGUUCUUCGGGGCUGAGCAACAACUUCUCAUCACAGGGACCAAAUACAGAAGACCAUGCUCAGAGCAACUGUGAAAGUCAUCAUUUAACCGCAUGCCACAGAUCUACCUGUUCUGGUCACAUGAUAAACACUGCCUGUUUGAGAAGUACUUGCAGUGUUGUUCCAUGCUCUGGACAUUUGAUAUCACGGCCACCUUGCGCAGGAAGCACUUGUGCAGGACAAAGAUCACUGCUCCAUUCAGGCUUGCUCGGUUUUCCACCACUUGUGUCCUCAGUCAGCGAGACCAGACUUGACAGCCGCAGUACAGGGCAUUACUGUGGAUCCGAGUUUAGGGGGCAGAACUCUUCUGGCCUUCGACUAGACAGAACAGGCCAGACUGGUUUUAACAGGACAGUCAAAGAUGCCACUACCAUGACAUCUGACCACGAGCUCAGAGACGUUGGUGUGCAAACCGUGUCUGAUUCCCUUGCUUCCCCUCUUUCUCAUGUGUUUCCUGAAAUUAGUUUGAGAGCGGAUCCUAUUUCAGACGCACCUUCGGAGCACAUGUGUCAUAGGACCCCUGUGAAGGAGGUGGAAUGGGAUGCUGAGGGUAUGACAUGGGAGGUGUAUGGUGCAGCUGUGGACCCUGAAGAGCUUGGCCUAGCAAUUCAAAGGCAUCUGGAACUUCAGAUCAAAGAGACUGCAGCUGCUGCAGCUGCGGCUGCUCAAACGCAAGACUCCACAGACAAUGUCAGCAGCCUGGCACUGCAGCCCAGACGACGGAAGAAGAGUGAAGGCAUUAUAAGAACAUUGCGCAGUUCAGCGUGUUGCUCUAACCCCAGUACUGUGGAAGAAUGAAGUGAUCAGCGAAGGGCCGGAGAUUGCCCUUUCAGUUUGUGGAUGCCUAGGUUAGGUAAAGAAAGGUACAGGCUUUUUCUGGAAGAUGGAAAUGGAUUGAGAAUGGCCUGUGGCAUAUAUAUAUAUUUAUUUAGCUAAAGCAAAUUGUCCUUAAAUCAUAUCUCUAAAUAUUCAAAAGCCUUGUCUGCUUAGUUGAAGCUAUUAAAGCUCCACUAUUGGUUAGAUAGAGCAGUGAUGUUCAGAGAUACAUUGCAAGCUAGCGUUGCAUAGAGCUACCAUUCAAAGUUUACAUAUAAUGGGGUGUUUCUACCUUACUUCACACAUGGCCUUGUCCCUGUCUUGACCUCCAACGUAUCUUUUAGAUGCCCCUUUUGGCCCAAAAUACCAAAAUAAAGAUUUUGGUGAGCACUGAGUAUUGUCAUUUUUCAAAAAUGCUAUUUAUAGGUUAAAAAUGUCUGGUUGUACUUGUUGGAUUUUGUCAAGCAAACAAUAGCUUACUGAACAUUAGCUAUGGGUACAUUAAAAUUAGCUAAAUCCUUGGACACCCUGAAGGGCUCCCUGGAGUAUGAUCUGAAAGCUACUUAUAGUUAGUCUACGCGCUAGCCCUCAAAUCCCGAUGGAUUUAGAUUUCUUUGUUUUCUGGUCUCACAGAUUCAUGGUGUUAAACCCUUUGUAGUCAAUGAUAAUAAUCAACCUGUACUAAAUGGCAGAAAUUUCAGCUUAAAUAUUUAAAUAUUUGCACAGAUUCUGUGGCUAUAGAUGUAUAAUUUACAACUAGCAGCUUACAACAAUCUAUGUUGUUACUGUAUUCACUGAUCUUGAUGCAAAUGGUGAUUGGUCCAGUGGCAGUUUUGCCUGGUGGAUUAGAGUGGGCUCAAGGCCAAAAUCAAUCCACAGAGCUAAAAAUAUGAAUGCUCAUGAGGUUUGUGGGUGUGUAAAGCUAGGUUCUUAUCAGGCCUACUGAUGAUUAGCAAAUAUAGACUCAAGGUCAGUGUUCCUGCACUUAUACAUUAUGAGCUAAAACUAAGCCCCAGUCCUGGUUCUAUGCUCAGGGACGAUCUCAGUCAAUUCAAAAAGUAAAACAUGUACAUUUUGAUUUUGUUGCCAAAAUCUGACGUGAAAAAACAAUCUUUCCACUCUUUUCAUGUCAUGAUUUAAUAAUGAAGAAUAUUUUGUGGUUGCGUUCUAAUUAGAAAGUGUAAGGACAAAGAUAAUUAUGGCCAUUUUCACAUAAUUUUACAUAUUCAUAAAUCUUUUUUGUUAUAUAAUAUCGUUAAUGUUUAAAGUUUGUUCAUUAUAAUGUUAAAAUAUGAAAGUUAAAAUGAUUCAUAUCACAUUCAGUGUAAUAGUUUGACUGUUUUUAUGUAUAUCAUGAUCACGUGCUAUAUCUUAACUAUAUCUUAUACAGAAUCAGUCAUGAUUUUGUGAAAGUUAGGGAUUGUAUUUAGAGCAAUCUCUGUCAAUAAUGUUUAGAUUAUAUUCAUUUAAAUAGCAUGACACCUAUUGUUGCUAAGUAAAUGUGUAACCAGAAUCUCUGACCAAAUCGACAGUAUGUGCUGCACAAACUGCUUUUGUUUUUCUUUGCCAAAGCAAUCCUUUUUUUUGGACCAGAGCAUUGUGAUUUAACAUAAUAUAGAUAUUACUGGAUCAACACCUUACAGUAUGAUGAAAACAAGCUUUAUAUAGGCUUUCUACAGCAAAAACUACACGUGUUUUAAUAUUGAGAAUACUGAAUGUCUUGAAAAAUGUACGAGCAACAAUAAAACGUUUGGUAAACAA